AUGGGAGGCACAGAAUGGGAGGGGUCAAUCUGAGAUAAGGACGCUCUCUAUUAGAUAAGAACGCCUCUCUCCACACCUUCACCAGCGUCUAAAGCAGCGGAAGGAGGAAGAUAGAGGAGACUCUUCAUCUGCUUCCUCGAGGAGAUACACAUAUAUAGCCUAUACGUCAAACAGCUCUAAAGGCGAUACGUUAAGGAGAAUUCACCUGAGGACAUCUGUAUAGGAACGAAGUCAACUGAUGUUGCUUUGAAUUUGACAAGGUGAAACGAAGAACCUUUCUUCAAGCACCCACCGUAGCGAUGCUUCCGAGUCCUGUAACCUCAACUCCGUUUUCGGUAAAGGACAUCCUCAAACUGGAACAGCAACAUGCUCUGAACCCCAACGGAUUCAUAGGUGCUGAGCAGGACACUGUCCCGCUGCAGUCGCUCCAGCUUCAGUGCAUGCAGAGCACACUGAGCCGGAGUCUGGAUCUCCUCUACAGCCCCGAGAAACACAGCGUGAUCGCCGGGGAACAGCUGAAAUGCGCCCUCAGUUCAGACGACUUUGACAUCGUCAGAAGCUCCUGCGGAUCUCCAACGGAGGAGGAAGAAACAAGUAUGUGUCCAUUUGACGAUUCCGGUUAUAAUGGUAGAAAAGAGGAAACACCGGGGGAGAAACCAAAGCAGAGGCUGCGCAGGAAACCCCGCGUGCUCUUCUCUCAGACUCAAGUGUUUGAGCUGGAAAGACGCUUCAAGCAGCAGAGAUACCUGUCAGCACCCGAGCGAGACCACCUGGCUCACGUGCUGAAGCUCACCUCAACACAGGUCAAAAUAUGGUUCCAGAACCGGAGGUACAAGUGUAAGAGACAGCGCCAGGAUAAAAGUCUGGAGCUGGCCGGCCCGCGGAGGGUGGCGGUGCCCGUGCUGGUGCGAGACGGCAAACCCUGUCAUGCAGCUCCGUACAACGUCACUGUGUCAUAUCCCUAUAAUAACUAUUACAACAGCUAUGGAAAUAACCCAUACCACUGUAACUUCACUUCUGUGCCACCGUUUCCCAACACAAGUCAAAUUCCCAACCACUUCGUGGAUAUGAAUUUGACGACGGGAGGUGUAGAUGGGAUCAGAACUUGGUGAGACCAUGGCAUCAGUCCUACAAGAGAAGAGUUUGGAUUAAGACUAUUUAACCGAAUGGCACUGCUGAGGAAAAUAUACUGUCAUAUCCUAUAAACUGUUGUCUGAUUUUAUAUAUUUUUUGUUUUUAUAUCUAUGGUUUACACAACAAACAACACCAAAUAAAGACUAAAUAUUUAAUAA